AUUCCGUGAGGCUCGGGAGCUCGCUCGCUGGCGUGGGAGUCCCGGGUGCCCGGUCACGGAGGCCAUGGGGCGGCAGUGGGGGCCCGCCAUGAGGGUGGCCGAGCAGGCGGGCUGCGUGGUGAGCGCCUCCCGGGCCGGGCAGCCCGAGGCGGGCUCGUGGAGCUGCAGCGGGGUGAUCCUGAGCCGCAGCCCGGGCCUGGUGCUGUGCCACGGAGGCAUCUUCACCCCCUUCCUGCGGGCCGGCAGCGGGGCCCUGACGGCGGCCGGCACCUCUUUUCUGACCGGCGACAGUUGCGGCGACGACUUGCGUCUGCACGUGCAGUGGGGCCCAACGGCCGAAAGUCCCGCGGGCGGCGCGGAGCGGAGCCACCAGGGGCUGUGCACACCCCAGUGCGCCGGCCUCGAGCCCGGCCCGCCCUCCCGGCUCCGCGGGCGGCCCCUGCAGUCCCCACGCCCCGCCGAGCUGCUGCUGCUACUCACCUGCCCGGCCUUCCGGGCCCACUUCGCGCGCCUGUUCGGGGGCGAGGCGGCCGAGCAGUGGCGCUUCGCCAGCGCGGCGUUAGACGAUGAGGUGUCGGAGGACGAGGAGGAGGAUCAGCUGAGAGCGCUGGGCUGGUUCGCGCUGCUGCGCGUGCGGCCCGCCUUGGAAGAGGCCGCGGAGGAGCGCGGGCCGGCCGUGGCCGUGGCGCCUCUCUGGGCUGUGCCCAAGGGCGCUCAGCUGCUGGCCUGCGGCUCCCCGUUCGGGGCCUUCUGCCCGGACAUCUUUCUCAACACGCUGAGUCGCGGCGUGCUCAGCAACGCGGCCGGCCCGCUGCUGCUCACAGACGCGCGCUGCCUGCCGGGCACCGAGGGCGGCGGCGUGUUCGCGGCGCGGCCUGCGGGGGCGCUGGUGGCGCUGGUGGCGGCGCCGCUCUGCUGGAAGGCCCGCGAGUGGGUGGGCCUCACGCUGCUCUGCGCCGCCGCCCCGCUCCUCCGCGUCGCCCGCGCAGCGAUCGGCCGCCUGGGCUCCGACGCUGCUGCCCUGGCCUCCCUCCUGCCGCCCGAGGUGGGAGCCCCGCGGGGCCUUCUCCUUCGAGACUCCGGGCCCCCGUGGGCAGCCGCGGCCGUGCUGGUGGAGUGCGGCACCGUAUGGGGCUCCGGAGUGGCCGUGGCGCCCCGCCUCGUGGUGACCUGCCGGCAUGUGGCCCCUCGGGAGGCGGCCAGAGUCCUGGUGCGCUCCGCCAUCCCCAAGAAUGUGGUGACCUGGGGACAUGUGGUGUUUGCCACCCAGGAGACAUCUCCCUAUGACAUAGCAGUCGUGAGCCUGGAGGAGGACUUGGAUGGUGCCCCUUUGCCUGUGCCUGCCGAGCACUUCCAUGAAGGCGAGGCAGUCAGCGUUGUAGGCUUCGGCGUCUUCGGCCAGGCUUGUGGGCCCUCGGUGACUUCGGGCAUCCUUUCGGCUGUGGUGCAGGUGGAUGACACACCAGUGAUGCUGCAGACCACGUGUGCUGUGAACGGUGGCUCCAGUGGGGGACCGCUCUUCUCCACCCGCUCAGGGGACCUCCUGGGCAUUGUCACCAGCAACACCCGGGACAAUAACACGGGGGCCACCUAUCCCCACCUGAACUUCAGCGUUCCCAUCACGGUGCUCCAGCCGGCCCUGGAGCAGUACAGUCAGACCGGUGACCUGGGUGGCCUCCGAGAGCUGGACCGCGCCUCUGUGCCAGUCAGGGUGGUGUGGCGGCUUCAGCGGCCCCUGACCAAGGCCCCGCAGAGCAAGCUCUGAGGCUGCACCACCCCUCUGGGGAGAAAAGCAACUAUUUUAUACCAUAGGAAGUGAUGUUGAAGUGAUGAUGACCUCGAGAUGCAGGGCCCAGCUCGUGACAGGGCACAUCCUGCCGGGCCACCUUCCCAUCUGCACCGGCUGACCAUGUCUGGGCUCUGGGCCCUGAAACAAACUUCCCUUCAGCCCCUUGGGUCCUCAGCCUAUUUUGGGUGCUUUCUUGAGCCCUCACCUCUCUGUCCCCUGGCACUAGCCUCAGCUAUGUUGCUUUCCCUUCUGGGGAGCCCAGUCCAACUGCACAGAAGCCCUGGAUCUGACAGGCAGAUAUGGGCUGGAAGGCAGGCCCAGCUCUGGUUUUGCGUCUGUUCUCCUGAUGGCCACUGGCCACCUGGAGUAGCUGCUUCACUGGGCCUUGGUGCCUGUCUGCCUCUCAGUCUGAGUCAAGGAUGACAGAGGACUCAGACUUCCUGAGCAGAGAGGCCCUACUCCGAAGACUGGAGACAGAGGAGAGGAAAAAGGAGUGUCUCCCUGCUCUGACAGACUUACAGGCAGGCGGGGUUCCUGAAAGUCUUCAUAUACCAACAGGGGCACUCUGACACAGUGCCUUCAUUUUUCAGCCCACAAUCUGGAUCUCAGGGAUCUUGGGGGUAGACGUGUCUGGUUGGGGCUUGGGAAUAAACACUAUCUA